AAACAAAUACUACUACUUGUUCAAUUUCGCAUACUCAAUUUCUCUUCCAUAACCAGUUCUUUCUCUAUUUUUUUUUUUUAUUUCAUAUAAUUUCUUUUUCAUUGUUUUUCUUUCUCUUGCCGUACUGAUUCUGGAUCAAUAAUGGCCGAACCACCCGAUGAGAAUGACAAUGAGAAUGGGUGGAGGCAGUUGGUGUUAAACAAUCGCUAUGGUUUACGAUACAAUCCUACGCCUGAAAUUCUGGUAACGCAAAUAUUACGCAGAAGGGUUCAAGGACACCUCCAUCGAAUUCCCUCCAAUGUUCUCUGUUACUUCCGAGAGUGCUCUAAAUUCGACUUCUUUCAACUCCCUGAAUAUUACCGACGGAGGGCCAGCUUAUACUUUUGCCGUAGAAUGGCGCCGGCAGCGGAGGCAGCCGGUGGAGUGGAGGUUACUCCGGCGGGUUGGACGAGAAGUGAGGGGCCCAUUGCAUUUAACAUCAACGAUGGAGAGGGAAGGUACGCCACGUAUCAGAAGAUGAAUUCGAGAGUUAUUGUCACCGAAUACCGAUUGUUACCUCAAGAACCAAACAACGAAAUCGCUCUCUACAGGAUUGUAGCCCGAGAGUUCUGAAUUAUUCGAAUUUUUUCUUUUCUAGCUAGCCUCUGUUCUUCCACAUUUUGCUUUUUUACGUUGUUUUUUUUUUUUUUUUCAUUUCCGGUGCAAAACCUAGCCUAGAUUUUUCAGUUUCAAAACUAUAGAACCCAGAAAAAAUACCCCCAAAUCAUGUUCUUCAAAAUCCAGGAAAAUUUUUUUUCCUAAAAUGGUUCUUUCUUCGGAAAUUGGUGAACCCACAUAAAUCAGAUUAAGCAGUCUUUAUUUCUUAAUACUCAUCGGUCGGAGUUUGUCUUGUAAUUUUUCUGAUGAGUGGUUUCUCCGAUGAGUAGUGUGCGAUUUAUGACUUAUAGAUUUGAUUGAUCUGAAUGUCGUCAAAGGGGCUCUGCCAGUACGACGCCGUAUAAUUGGGGUUUUGAUUCUUGAAAGCAUUCUUUUUCGGCCCGAGAAAUGUCUUCGACCCGAUGAGUCUUCGGGUCUCGCAAAAAGAGUCCGAUUAGUACCAGAGGGCCAGCCAGAGGAAAGGAAUAUGUUCCACUGAUACGACGCCGUAUAGUUCGGUUUUUAUUUUUGGAAGCACUCCUCCUGUCCUCCUUGACCUGGUGGUUCCCACAGUACUGCAAAAUGAAAAAUGGGGGUGCGAUUAGUUAAUUCAGUUGCUGGCUGUUUGACGCACGGAGAGGAUAGAAUGGGGCACCUUUUGUAAUAAUACUGUUCUCUAAGCCCUCUUUAGUUCCCUCCCUGGGUAUUGGCCCUUUUUGUACACUUUAUCUGUGUUUUCUAUAAUAAAAUGACUUGU